AUGGCAGCUCGAGCACCAACGCAGCGACUGCUUCGUCUCUCAAGACCAAUUUCAACCCAAACCACGGCCUCUGCAUCCGCAUCACCCAAGACUGCCUCCACCACCACCCUCAACCCAGCCCACAGCCAGACCAUCACCCUCUCCGAUGGCCGCACGCUGGGCUUCGCCGAGUACGGCGAUCCCCGCGGGCGCAAGACGCUGCUCUACUUUCACGGCUACCCAUCGUCGCGCAUCGAGGCCAAGCUGCUAGACAAGCUCGCCCUCGCGCACUCGAUCCGCAUCCUGGCCCUCGACCGCCCCGGCUACGGCCUGUCGACGCCGCAGCGGCCGCGGCGCUCCCUCCUCGACUGGCCGCGCGACGUAGAGGCCUUUGCCGCCAGCCAGCACCUCGACCGCUUCGCCGUGCUCGGCCUCUCCGGCGGCGGGCCCUUUGCCGUCGCCUGCGCGCACGCGCUGCCCCCGCGGACGCUCACCGCCGUAGGCCUCUUUGCCAGCGCGCCGCCGUGGGCCGCCGGCCGCCACCACAUGACGCGCGCGCGGCGCAUCCUCCGCGUGCUGGCCAACCGGUGCCCGGGCCUCGUCGGCGCCCUGACCAUGCUGGCGCUGCGCUUCGCCCGUUGGCUCGUCGGCACCCGCUCCGUUGCGACGCGGCUCGACGCCUGGCUGGAGCUCGCCAACGAGCAGGCGCGCGAAAAGGAGGCGCGGCGGCUCAAGGCGGACCCGACUGCGCAGCCCAGAACUGUCACGGCGCCUGAUGCACGCCCGGUGGCCGAGCAGCGCGUCGCCCUGCUCGAUAUGCUGAUUGGUGAGCCGUUCGCGCAGGGGCCAGACGGCGCCGUGCAGGAGGCGCGCAUCUUGACUGAUGAUGACUGGGGGUUCCGUCUCAACGACGUGACGUAUCGGGACUCGCCAAUUAAAAUCUGGCACGGGACCAAGGACGUCAAUGCGCCGAUCGAGGCCAUCCGCUAUCUCGCCGGCAAGCUGCCCAACGCAGAGCUGCACGAGUUUGACCAGGACACGCAUUACACCAUGGGAGAGCACAUCGAGGCAGCUGUAUUGGACUUGAUGGGCGAGACACAAAAAGAGAAAAAGUAA